GAAUAGAUCAGAGUAAGAAAUCUGUCGUGCGUUUGCUUUUUUUGUCAUUAGCUCCCACUUAUUCCCUGGGUAGGUUCACUUCAUCACCAGGUGAAAAUGCAUUCCAGGUGAAGAUCACUGCUCCCGAUGAACAGUUCACUCGGGUUGGUGUGCAGGUGUUAGACAGGAAAGAUGGUUCCUUCCUCGUGAGAUACAGGAUGUAUGCAAGCUACAACACCCUGAAGAUAGAAGUCAAAACUGGAGAUAAACAUGUCGCACAGUCUCCAUACAUUUUAAAAGGACCUGUUUACCAUGAAAACUGUGACUGCCCUCAGGAGGACAGCAGUGCGUGGCUGGAAGACAUGAGCUGCCCUCAAACCAUUCCACAGAUUCAAAGAGACCUAGCAAAUUUUCCCACUGUUGAUCCAGACAAGAUUGCAAAAGAAAUUCCACAGAGGUUUGGACAAAGACAGAGUUUGUGUCAUUACACCAUCAAAGAUAACGAGGUUUAUAUAAAGACAUACGGGGAACAUGUUGGUUUCAGAAUUUUCAUGGAUGCCAUACUGCUUUCUUUGACAAGAAAAGUGAAAAUGCCAGAUGUAGAAUUUUUUGUUAAUUUGGGGGACUGGCCUCUGGAGAAAAAGAAGUCCCCACAGAAUCUGCACCCCAUCUUCUCAUGGUGUGGAUCCAGUGAGUCAAAAGACAUUGUCAUGCCAACAUAUGAUUUAACAGACUCAGUUUUGGAGACUAUGGGACGAGUCAGUCUGGAUAUGAUGUCAGUUCAAGCAAACACUGGCCCAUCAUGGGAAGAUAAGAAUACCACAGCAUUCUGGAGAGGACGCGACAGCUGCAAAGCUGCUUUCACAAACUUCUUUUUCUUUAAACAUGAUGAAAGUCUCUAUGGCCCCAUUGUUAAGCACAUUUCAUUUUUUGAUUUUUUUAAGUAUAAAUACCAAAUUAAUAUUGAUGGCACAGUGGCAGCAUACAGAUUGCCUUAUCUACUAGCAGGAAACAGUGUGGUGCUAAAGCAAGACUCCAUCUACUAUGAGCAUUUUUAUAAUGAGCUGCAGCCAUGGAAACAUUAUAUUCCCUUUAAAAGUGACUUGAGUGAUCUACUAGAAAAACUACAGUGGGCAAAAGAGCAUGAUGAAGAGGCAAAAAAUAUUGCAAAAUCUGGACAAGAAUUUGCAAGAAACAAUCUCAUGGGAGACCACAUUUUUUGUUACUAUUUCAAACUUUUCCAGGAUUAUGCCAGCUUGCAAGUGAGUGAGCCAAAAAUCAGAGAUGGGAUGGAGAAGGUGCAGCAGCCUGAUGAUGACCUUUUCCCAUGUACUUGCCACCGAAAAAAGGCCAAAGAUGAACUCUGA